GUGUUCGGACGUAUCGUUCUCUCCGAGAGCGCAACUACGCGAAACAUUAAUUUUUAACUUCGCUGUUAACUGCGCGUUUCGAUAACUUUUGGAACCGUGAUUAUUGUAUAUUUUUAUUUUGUGUGUGUGUUUUUGUGGAUUGUGUGUUAUUGGAAAUGUAUUGAAGUGGUUUUUAAGUGUUUAUUUUUUGUUCGGGUUCUGUGGAGUGCAUUUGGAUAGAAGAGAACGAGAAAUUAUAAGUUUCAUUCCUAGCUGGGGUCGAGAGUCAACAUAGAACGCGUGAAGGAUGAGUUAGCAUGAAUAAUAUGAGUUCAGAGGACGAGAGCGCUCCGUGACAAGAUGGCGGCUAGGGCAUUUGUCAUAUUCACGCUCCUCGCUCAAGCUAUACCCGGCCACUGCGCGCAUCGGCACGGUCAUGAUGUAUCAACAGAGACGCCAGAACUUGCCGAGGUCCGGCACGAUAAUGCAACACAUCAUGGAAAGGAUCGCGGUGGCUGGUCUCAAUGGAGUGAAUGGUCUCUCUGCUCGCGGACAUGUGAUGGCGGCGUAUCCCGGCAGCUGCGGACGUGCGCAUCUCCAGCAGGCUGUCGUGGAGAGCCAGUGCGGUACAAGAUAUGUAACAUGCAGCCGUGUCGCGGCAACAUGUCUCUUCUAGAAGAGGAUGUGUGGAGGGAGCAGCAGUGUAGCGCUCACGACAACACGCCAUAUGGAGGAGAGCUGUUCCAUUGGAGGGCGCAUAGAGAUGACGCAGAACCAUGCGCGCUGACCUGCCGCGGCACACCACAACAUUCCGGACAGAGUCCUGAGCCGGAACCGGAAAGAAUUAGAAUAUCUUUAAUUGUUGGCAACACAUCUCGAGUUCCAUUGACGGUGUCAUUGGACGAUGAUGAUCGCGUCGUAGUAGCGGUGCUGGCUGCGAGAGUGUCAGACGGCACGCGGUGUCGUCCCGGCAGUCUAGAUAUGUGUAUCGAUGGAAGAUGUCAGCGGGUCGGCUGUGAUCUACGUGUGGGUUCAACAAGGCGUGUGGACGAGUGCGGGGUCUGCGGGGGAGACGGCUCAUCUUGCUCCAGACCACGGUACCACUGGCUGGCGACACCUGGAUCCCUAUGUUCGGCUACGUGUGGAGGAGGCUACAAGAUGUCACUGGCAGUCUGUCGGGAUCGGUUGACGGGAACGGACGCGCCUGAGCAACUCUGUGACGGCUCAAGCAAGCCAAGUUCAGCUGUAGUUAGAUGCAACAUGCAUCCAUGUCCUUACAAAUGGUACGUGGGUGAAUGGUCUCCAUGCACCGUGAGUUGCGGCGGUGGGUUACGCACGCGGCGUGUCCUCUGCGCCAGAUCUGCUAAUGUCACUAGAGCUGAUACUUAUCAACCAGGAUCUACCGAACCAGGCUGCGUGUCACCAGCUCCAAGAUCCUCACAGUCUUGCAACGAACACGAAUGCCCUAUAUGGAUUGCUGGCGCUUGGUCAGGAUGCUCAGUUUCGUGCGGCGAAGGUGUCCAAGUGAGAGGAGUUGAGUGCACACCAGCCGGCGGUGGCUGCAACCCAAUGACAAGACCUGACAUCUCCAGACCUUGUUCUACUGGCAUUAGUUGUCCUGCGUACAGAGAAGCUGAUGAAACUGAGGACGACAUUGAAGACAUUUUACCCGGCGUGGUGUACCACACACAACCACUCAUCCAGCCAUAUCCCCCACCUCAAGCCAAAGCUGAAAGACUAAUCGGAGAACCAGAAGUCCCUGUUGAAGCCACUUACAUCAAAGACGAUGACUGGGGUCCAUGCAGUACGACAUGCGGUGAAGGUUGGAGGAAGAAGGAGGUUCAUUGCAAGAUUUUUUUAGAAUUCAGUAGAACCAUUGCAAAAUUACCAGACAGCAAAUGCAUGGGACCGAAGCCGACGGAAGAAACGGAGAGAUGCGUCAUGGAACCGUGUUCAAUGGCAUAUGGGACAUCUUUUGGAGACUCUAGUAUACCGUCAUACGGUACAGGAGACAGGUCUAUGAUCUUUGGAACGUCGAGUAACAUUAGAGUGGCACCUGGUUCACCAGGCAAGUCAUAUUCUUGGAAAGAGAAAGGCUAUACGAGUUGCAGCGCUUCCUGUCUUAGCGGUGUACAGGAGCUAAUUAUCCAAUGCGUAAGAGAUGAAGAUGGUAAAAACGCGUCACCAUACAUGUGCGAUCCUCUUACGAAACCUGAGAACAGAGUAAGAACAUGCAACGAUCAUCCUUGUCCACCUAGAUGGAACUAUACAGACUUCUCGCAAUGCACUAAAUCCUGCGGCAUUGGCAUACAGACGAGGGAAGUUACGUGUAUACAUGAAGUGACUCGAGGUGGUACAAACACCGUUGUGGUGCCAAACAGCAUGUGUCCACAGCCACCACCUCCUGACCGACAAUACUGUAAUGUACUUGAUUGUCCAGUAAGAUGGCAUACUGGAGAAUGGUCCAAGUGCUCCAAGACAUGUGGAGGUGGAGUGAAACAGAGAGAGGUGGAAUGCAAACAAAUAAUGGCGCAAUCACACGUGGUGGAGAGACCAUCUUCUCUGUGCAACAAUCCUCGGCCAGCCUCGACAAAGUCCUGUAACAGUCGACCUUGUUUACUUGACACCGCGUCACCAGAAAUAUCCCUGGCCAAUUCUUCAUAUAUACAGCAUGAUCCUAAGAAGAAGAAGGUCACAGUAAAAGUUGGUGGUUCAGCGACAAUUUUCUACGGAACCCAAGUUAAAAUUAAAUGCCCCGUCAAAGGAUACAAUAGAACGAAGAUUCAAUGGGCGAAGGACCAUCAGAUUAUAACAAAAUCUAAAAAGCAUAAAAUUUCUAAAAAGGGGGCGCUACGCAUCACCUCUCUUUCGCUCCGUGACCACGGCGUAUACACGUGUGUAGCAGGCCGGUCUAGUGCCAACUUGACUCUUGUCGUCAAACCACGACCUGGAGAAUAUCCUACCAGUGAAGAGAUAGGACAGCCUAAGCCAUUGGAUGACCCGUCGUCUUUAUCUGACAGGUCGGACGGUCGCGCGACAUCCGGAAAAGUGGAUGAUCAAUCACACGAACAGCGGCCCGGUGACCAGAGGAAAACUUAUAAAAGCAGACAACGAGGUAAACUAGAUAAAGUAAGAGAUGCGCUCUACGGCAGUGCAGGAACCCCGUCAACUAAAUCACCAAGCUUCAAUUCUCAAGCCCGUGAUAUCUACGAUGAGAACGAGGAGAGUGCAGUCUCUUCUAGGAUGCUACCGCCAAAACCAAGCAGUGCUUCCCGACUGUUACCAUGUCUGCAUUACAUUAUAAUGCAAGUUCAGAUGUUUUUGGGUUUUCAGACAAUCUUGGGGAUAUCUCGAGGUCAAAGGAUGGUGGAUUCUAUAAGCGUGUACCAAAAUCACGUGGCUCCAACAAAAACACACUUCGUGAAUCUCGACGACAAGCAAAUCGUUUACCCAGAAGAUGAUUAUUCUGAUAUAAUAAUUGUUAAUGAAGAUUACAUCAGACAGACAAUCGAAAGAGCUGGACAGAAUAAUUUCAAAGAAGACGUUUAUGACUUAAUUGAGACUACUGUUGCACCAAAAGAGGAAAUUGUACUUAUGCCGGCUGAAAUGGCCGAUGGCAUUGAGUAUUCAUGGAUGACGACCGAAUGGUCCGGCUGCAGCGCCCCUUGUGGUCAGAGCGGACACCAAGUGAGAGGAGCUGUUUGUCAGUAUAAGAGAGACAACAUCACGACAACCGUGGAAGCGGAGGAGUGCUUGGGACGUGGAGCGAGUCCACCGAACGUACUACGAGAGUGCCUGGGACCCGUCUGCGCAAUCUGGCAUACAUCUGCCUGGUCAUCACCGAAGUGCUUAGCCAGUGGAGCUGCACUUCUGCGUCGCAAAGUGGAAUGCAUCACAGAGAACGGCACCAAAUUACCAGAGUCCUCGUGCUCAGCUGAAUCUCGUCCGGCGAAGACCAAACGACAGCCGCAGCCCUGUAAGCCAGCCUGGUCUGUCGGACCUUGGAGCAAGUGCAUAGGUCUAUGUGGAACUAAGGGUCAACAACACCGAGUGCUCCGAUGUGUGUGGCGUGCUGUAGGCAACAGCAAAUCGAAGCGCAAGCGGGAACGCAGUGCUGGCACCGCUUGUGAGGGUUUGAAGCGACCGGUAGUUACCAGAUCAUGUAACGUUGCUCCUUGUCCUGUCAACAAAGAUGGUAUCUGUAAAGAUGGAUCAAGAUAUUGCGAGAACGUUCGUGCAAUGAAUAUGUGUGCAUUGAAACGAUACAAAGAACAUUGCUGCGAGACUUGUCAUAACUGAUGGUGUCACUGCCCAACUCUUGUCGUCUCUAUCUUAUCAUAAAGAAAGAAAGGGAUAACAAUACUAGUACCAUAGUUGGAAUCAACAGUAACAAGUUAGAAAAACAAAUGAAAUACGAAAAGCUUCAGUGAUUUAAAUUUAAAUUAAAUAAACUUAAUAAUAUACCAGGAUUAAAUCAAAAUGAAGAAUUAUAUUAAUAAUGUCAAAAUAAGUGCAGUGCCAAAAACUAAAUAACGAAUCUAUGGGUCUGCGGUAAGUGAUUGUGUGAUUGGUUUGAAGUUGUCGUGUUAUAAAACAAUUUGAACAUAGUUCUAUCAAAGGAAAAUGAACUCUAUGGAAUUGUUAAAGGUAAAGGAAUAGAAAAAUAAUGGAUUAAUUGUUGUGCUUGGAUGUAAUGAUAUUUAUUGCAAAUAGAUGAUGUUUGACACGCAUUAUAAAAAAAAAAUAAUUGGG